GAAAGGAUGGAGGUGAAAUACCUCUUGAAGUAGUUACUGUCCGGACUUCUGCGCCAAGAACUCCAAGCUCUCUAACUCUCUUUAAAUGCAGAAUUUUGGGGUGUGUGGAGGGGAAAAAUCGAUGCACAUGAAUGGGUGAAAGAGGGAUAUGCAGCAACUGUUGGGAGGGAAGAGGAGAGUGCAGAACUGUCAUUGCUAUUCUGGGAUCAUUUGACCUCCUUUUGUUAAACUCUUGGUUGGGGAAGUGCAGGAGCAUUUAUGCCAUUUUAGGUUCUUAUAUCCCAAGUUGGAGAGCAUGUUGGGCUGCUAAAGGGCCGACCUUCGGGCCGCCAGCCUUCCGUCGUCGGGCUGAACUAUCGGGCCCAAAAGGAUGUGGCCCGUGCUUAAAGGGGAGGUUGCCCGCUGCCCUUUUUUCCCUUUCUAUUAUUUUUUUUUGUUCUUUCCCAUAAACUUGUGUGUAAAAAGGAAGUUAUUAAGGAGUAGCUUGAUGUAUAUAUGUAUAAAUGGGAAUCCGAACACUUUUAGUUCGUGAAGCAUGAUAUUAAAUCUUUGUACAGCGUUCAUU